CUGUAAGGGCAGUUCUGCUGGACAGGGGUGCUUUCAUCUUACAUGUGUGGGGAGGUGCGGCAGUAGCAGGGGUGAACUGACAACUCAUGGGGCCCCCAGGCAAUAGGGGAUCAUGGGGCCCCUGUGCCCUUGACCAAACUCAAAAUAGCCUAUGAAAAAGGUACCAGGGGAAUCUCAUGGUGCCCCCUACUGCCCCCUGGCCCUCGGGCAGUGCCCGAGUUUCCAAAUGGUCAGUCCGCCCCUCGGCGGUAGUGAACUCAACACAGAU